UUUUUUUUUUUUUUUAACACGGACAAGGACAGAGUGGUCAACUGUGCUGAUAGAUCAGAAAUAAAUAUAGUACUGUAAACUGCACGUCGCGAGACAUAUAAGGAACAUGUCAGUAGACCAUAGCAAGCCGAACCUCAGCCAAUCUCAGGCAGCAGACAUUGUGAAGAAACAUUACAAGUUGACACUCUCUCAACUGCGCACCCUACCCAGCUAUGAUGACCAAAACUUCUGUAUUGAGACUGUCGAAGGUGGCGAGUAUGUGCUGAAGAUUAUGAAUUUAGUGCACACAAAGGACCCCACCUUGAUAGAACUUCAAACUUAUGCAAUGAACUUUCUACACAAAAAAGGACUUCCUACCCAAACAGCCCAGAAAACAACCAUGGGACAGGUCAUGUUUCUUGAAGCUAUCGAUUGUGGCUACGGUUUACAGAAGUACCUGGUGCGCCUGUUGACUUAUUUGCCAGGAAUCCCUAUUGCCAACAUCCCUUCCUCACCACAGCUAUUAUAUGAAGUAGGCCGGACAGCAGCCAAUAUGGACAAUGUCCUCAAUAAGAUGGAACAUCCUCAACUUAGUGCGCUGCAGAGGGAUGGGUUCAUAUGGAGUUUGUCCAAUAUUCCCCUUCUGCUGAAAUACAUAAACGUACUCGAUGGAGACCCUCUCUUGGAGGUUGUGAAAUCUGUCCUCCAUCAGUACAAAACGGUUGUGGCCCCUCAAUCUUCCAGUUUUCGCACAUGCCUCAUUCAUGGAGACUUCAAUGAUCUCAAUGUGCUGGUGCAAGCUGAUGAUAGCAAUGGCCAUAAGAUUUCUGGUAUAAUUGAUUUUGGGGAUAUGAGCUUUGGUUAUUAUGUCUUUGAGCUCGCUAUCACCAUCAUGUACAUGAUGCUGGAACACCCCAACCCCAUUGAAGUGGGUGGACCCAUCCUAGCGGGCUGGGAAAGCGUUUUCCCCCUAAACGCAGCAGAGAGAGACUGCCUCUUUUGGUUGGUCCUGUCACGCCUCUGCCAGUCAUUAGUGAUUGCUCGUUAUUCGGUGACUCUGCAUCCUGAAAAUGAAGAGUAUCUGAUGAUUUCAUCCAAGAAAGGCAUUCCAAUUUUACACAAGUUCUUUGAGAUGGGAAAGGAGCAAGUGGAGAAAGUGUGGUUCCAAAGUGCUGCUCAGUUCAAAGACAGAAACUAGGCCAGACAAGAUAUUCUCAAGUACAAUCAAAACAAUAUCUGUAUAAAAUAAAGAUUUUCAAUUAUUUGUUAGGUCAUCUCA